CGCUCAACGCUGAUCACGUUGAAAAGUAAGAAUUUUAAUUUACAAUCGAGAAGCCAAGCCGCCAUCUUGUCCUGUGAUAGUAUUCGAACAAGUUCAUAAAUCCAAUUAUUUUCGAAAGCAAGUGAUAAAAUAUUACAAAAUGAGUUACGGAAGACCACCUCCCCGUAUUGACGGGAUGGUAUCGUUAAAAGUAGAUAAUUUAACGUAUAGAACUACACCGGAAGAUUUGCGCCGUGUUUUCGAGAGGUGUGGUGAUGUUGGAGAUAUUUAUAUCCCCAGAGAUAGAUAUACAAGAGAAAGCAGGGGUUUUGCCUUUGUCAGAUUCUUCGAUCGACGCGAUGCAGAAGAAGCCUUAGAUUGCUUAGAUGGACGAAUGUUGGAUGGGAGGGAGCUGCGAGUUCAGAUGGCGCGUUACGGUCGCCCUUCGUCACCCUACAGAAGCCGUUACGAUCGCCGUCGCAGCAAUUCCCGCUCACGUCGGACCAGGUCCAGGUCUAGAUCGAGGCGACGCUCUUACUCGCGUAGCAGAUCCAGGUCUCGCUCACGCUCGAGGUCCCGCUCAGACUCUAAGAGUUCUAGGGGACGCUCUCGCACUCACUCUAGGUCUCGCUCGCGUUCCAGGCAUUGAAUAUUUGAUUCCAGUGCUGAUUAAUGGUUGGGCAGCUGCUCAUUAUACUUUUCCCGAAUGAAGCUGCUUGGCGAAGGUAUAAAACCACCAUUUUAUCAUAAGCACUUAGUACAGACAUAACUAUAAUAGACAUAGUGACAAACUGUAAUAUGUACAUGUUAAAUUUAAGUAACUCUAAAUUUGUGAAAAUUAAAUACUUUACAGAUAAUGUUACAUAAUUUAAAAAAUACAUGUGUAAUUCAUUUAAUUAUAUUCUACAGUUAAUGAAACAAAUUUGUCAAUGCUGAAAUACAAAUUCUUAUUUAAUAUUUCUAAAUUAUGUCCUUGUAACCAAUUAUUUUCAGGCCAUUCAAAAAUCUUGGAUCAAAUUAAAAUGCAAUGAAUUGGAUUUAUCAUUCAACAUUCAUUUUGGUUUGUUUGGUAACUGAUAACUCCAUAUUUUUUUAACUAUUAUAAUAUACGAAAAUAUAAAUUUGAACAAAUCAUACUCUUAGCUGUAGUAAACACAGUUGUUAAUGUAAGACUACAAUUACCGAUAAAUAAUGUAAGUUUGUUGGUAUGCUCAGGGCGUGCUGAACGCGGGGAGCGAAGCGGUAUGCGGGGAGGGGGGUAUGGUGUUUGCUGACAACCGCUGAAUUGCUGUUGUGGCAGUGCAUAAGUUAUGAGUAAACUUUUAAUUUUUAUUGACAAACCGAGACGCGCAUAAAUUCAUUGUAAAACAACUCAUUUUCAAUCACAUCUAGAUAUCUACUCAAAAUAAACGACAAUGGAUUUUGUAAAUGCUGCCCACCAGUGUUUAUAAAUUCAUUGAUGUCAGUUAAAAUAAUACAGUUUUAGUGAUAAUGGCUAAGUUUAGACUAAUGUGGUAUUUGUUUGGCAGGCCGGUGCUGCCGCUGGCCUGUUUGCUGUGGCAGUUUGCUGUUUCCUGUGAUUUGCAGAUUCUCGUGCAUCUUAGGUUUUUCGGUAAAAUGGCGGAAUACACCCUCCCUGCCCUGAUACGGAAUUCAAUAAUUCUAGGUUUACAACAUUUACAUUUAUUUUUUAUUUUUAAAUAAAAGGUUAUUCUAUUUUAGAAUAGUGUGUAUUUGUGUCAAACGACACGACAUUCUAUUUAGAAUUCAAGAAAGAAGAUUCAACAGUUGAAAUAAUUAUCUCUUAGAUUAAUUGUCACUAAUAAAGUAUUCUUAAAUAUAA